ACCACUGGCGGUGACUGGCCUCCUUUAGUGGCUGGAGGCCGUCACUGGUACUGGGCUGGGGGCUAAGACGAGAGGUGCCAUGAGGAGGGCGAGGGAGUCCAGAUCUCGCAGCCCGGCACUCCUCCCUCGCGCGGCGGCGGCUUGGCGGCCGCUGGAGUAAUCGCUGCCUUUGUUCCGAGCGCCUCGUCCCUCCCCUCGCCCCAGCUCCUCACGCCGCCGCGCUCCGGCCGGCCCGCCCUUGGUCUCCGAAACCCUCUUCGGCUCGUGCCGCGCGGAUGCGGCUGCCAGGCCUGGGUUUGGGCUUUGAGCGGGAGGAGAGGAGGAGCGGCGGUGCCUUGGCGGCAUGCGAUGGGGAACUGCUGCUGGACGCAGUGCUUCGGGCUGCUCCGCAAGGGAGCCGGGCGGCUGCAGCGUGUAGGAGGCGGCGGAGGAUCUAAGUAUUUUAGAACAUGCUCAAGAGGUGAGCACUUAACUAUAGAGUUUGAGAAUCUAGUAGACAGUGAUGAGGGGGAGAGCCCAGGAAGCAAUCAUAGGCCUCUUACUGAGGAAGAAAUUGUUGACCUAAGAGAAAGGCAUUAUGAUUCUAUUGCUGAAAAACAGAAAGAUCUUGAUAAGAAAAUUCAAAAAGAGUUAGCCUUACAAGAAGAGAAGUUAAGACUAGAAGAAGAAGCUUUAUACGCUGCACAGCGUGAAGCAGCCAGGGCAGCAAAGCAGCGAAAGCUCUUGGAGCAAGAAGGGCAGAGAGUUGUGCAGCGAUAUCAUCCUUCCAACCAUGGAGAAUAUCAAAGUUCAGGACCAGAAGACGACUUUGAGUCCUGUUUGAGAAAUAUAAAGUCACAGUAUGAAGUUUUUCGAAGUAGUAGACUCUCAUCAGAUGCCACAGUUUUAACACCAAAUACAGAAAGCAGUUGUGAUUUAAUGACCAAAACUAAAUCAACUAGUGGAAAUGAUGACAGCACAUCCUUAGAUCUAGAAUGGGAAGAUGAAGAAGGAAUGAAUAGAAUGCUUCCCAUGAGAGAACGUUCCAAAACAGAGGAAGACAUUCUCCGAGCAGCACUUAAGUAUAGCAGCAAGAAGUCUACAAGUAAUCCUACAUCAGCCUCUGAUGAUUCCAAUGGGCUAGAGUGGGAGAAUGAUUUUGUUAGUGCUGAAAUGGAUGAUAAUGGCAAUUCUGAGUAUUCUGGAUUUGUAAAUCCUGUAUUAGAACUGUCUGAUUCUGGCAUAAAGCAAUCUGAUGCAGACCAACAGACUAGAUAGGGUAAAAUUGCGUAACCCUGUUUAUCAGUUAUGACCAAAUGUUAAAAACCAACUAGAAUGUAUAAAUUGUUUUGUAAGGGGGAGGUAAGAAACCAUGUUGUAAAUGCGUAUUGUAUUAGAAAGGAGUAAGAAUGAUAGGAUAGAUUUGAUUUGCUUCAGAAUUAAGUGCAAUUUCAUCAUCUGCCUUCUGCUUUUCAAGACCAAUUUAAUAGUUUUAUCAUGU